AUGGCUGACUGUUUCAAAUGUCCAGAGGAUCAGUAUCCAAACAGGGAUCAGAAUUCAUGCAUCCCCAAGACUGUAACAUACUUAUCAUAUGAAGAACCUUUGGGUAUCAGUUUAGCUGUCUGUGCGCUUUCCUUUUCUUUGACCUCUGCUCUGAUACUAGGGGUGUUUAUGAAGCAUCGAGAGACACCCAUCGUCAAAGCCAACAAUGAGGACCUCACCUACAUUCUUCUUGUCACCCUUUUCCUCUGCUUCCUUUGUGCAUUGCUGUUGAUUGGCCGGCCUGAGAAGGUGACUUGUCUCCUCCGACAAAUCACCUUUGGUAUCACCUUCACAGUUGCUGUUUCUUCUAUACUGGCAAAAACGAUCACGGUGGUACUAGUUUUCAAGGCCACACAGCCAGGAUCCAGGAUCAAGAAGUGGAUGAGGAAAAAACUGACCAACUCCAUUGUUCUUUCUUGUACAGUUCUUCAAGCAGUCAUUUGUCUUGUGUGGCUGGUGACCUCUCCCCCAUUUCCAGAUGCUGACCUGCAUUCAUUGCCAGAAGAAAUAGUUCUACAAUGCAAUGAGUCAUCAUCCAUAUUGUUCUAUUCUGUCUUAAGCUACAUGGGUUUGCUGGCCGUGGUCAGCUUUAUUCUGGCUUUCUUUGCCCGGAAGUUGCCUGACAGCUUUAAUGAAGCCAAGUUCAUCACUUUUAGCAUGUUAGUGUUUUGUAGUGUGUGGCUGACUUUUAUUCCAACAUAUUUGUGCACCAAAGGAAAAUAUGCAUCAGCUGUGGAGAGCUUCUCUAUCUUAGCUUCAGGAGCUGGGCUGCUGGCUUGCAUCUUUCUCCCCAAGUGUUACAUUAUUCUUUUGAAGCCUGAAUUGAAUAAGAGGGAACAUUUUGGAAGGAGAUAA